AUGGCGUCGGCACUGGCCACGGUGGUGGAGGCUCUUGGGCCAUUAGCUGCAGUGGCCUCCCCUAGGGCGACGGCGGAUUUCGGCCAGGCUACGGGACGCAGGCGGUCAGAGGACCAAGGUGAAAGGGAUUCGGCAGACUUCGCGGAUGACGACGAUUGGAAUGAAGACGACGAACAAUCCGGGUCGGAGAGGUCGUCGGCAUCCGAGGACCAAGGUGAAAGGGAUUCGGCAGACUUCGCGGAUGACGACGAUUGGAAUGAAGACGACGAACAAUCCGGGUCGGAGAGGUCGUCGGCAUCCGAGGACCAAGGUGAAAGGGAUUCGGCAGACUUCGCGGAUGACGACGAUUGGAAUGAAGACGACGAACAAUCCGGGUCGGAGAGGUCGUCGGCAUCCGAGGACCAAGGUGAAAGGGAUUCGGCAGACUUCGCGGAUGACGACGAUUGGAAUGAAGACGACGAACAAUCCGGGUCGGAGAGGUCGUCGGCAUCCGACUGUGACUUCAUGUACAACAACAAGUAUUGA